AUGAAAGCACCUAGAACCGCCAAAGAAGUUCAGAAAUUAAAUGGAAGAACAACCGCUCUCGGGCGAUUCGUGUCAAACUCGGCAAAGAGAUUCCUCCCAUUUUUCAAAACCCUAAGAAAUGUGAAGAACUUUGAGUGGAAUGAAGAAUGCCAAAAUUCUUUUGAUGAGCUCAAAAAAAUUCCUAAGCUCACCGCCUCUCCUCGGUCGACCCGAGGCAGGAGAAAUCAUAUACGUACACCUAAGUGUCACCAACGAGACAGUAGCAUCGGUGCUUGUCAAAGAAGAAGAGGGAGAGAAAAAAUGGGUAUACUAUACGAGCAAGGCUCACACGGUGAUAGUUCGAACAAACUAGCCACUCAAGAAAGCCCUGGGAAGACCGGAAACAUCAGGAAGGUUGAUCAAUUGGUCCAUCAUGCUGGGAGCAUAUGA